AUGUCAGCUAACUAUAUUCGUGUUAAAUGUAAAAAUGAAGGUGUAUAUCAAUACCAUGUAUCAUAUAAUCCACAAAUAGACAGUAAAUUUAUUAGAUGUCGUAUGAUCAAUGAACAUAAAGCUGUUAUAGGAGAAACUAAAGCUUUUGAUGGUGCCUUAUUAUUCCUGCCUAAGAAACUUCCUCAAGAGAACACUAUAUUGGUAUCUAAGAGAAGAAGUGAUGGUGCAGAUAUUACACUCACAAUAAAACUGAUUAAAGUAGUCCCUCCAGAAUUUUGUACUCAGGUUUAUAAUAUUUUACUUAGAAGAGUAAUGAGUAUAUUAGAAUUAUGUCAAGUUGGUAGAUAUUAUUAUAAUCCACAUACACCAUCAUCAGUACCUCAACACAAAUUAGAAGUAUGGCCAGGAUAUAUUACUGCUAUUCAAGAACAAGAAGGUGGAUUAAUGUUAUUAUUAGAUGCUUCACACAGAGUGUUACGUACAGAAACAGUUCUUGAUGUCAUGCAAGCUGUAGUACGUAAUAAUCCUAAAGGUUUUAAAGAUGAGAUAACUAAAUUAGUAUUGGGUAAUAUAGUGUUAACAAGGUACAACAAUAAAACAUAUAAAAUAGAUGAUCUAUUGUGGGAUAAAUCACCACAAAGUACAUUCCCAGCUAGUAAAACAGGACAAGAAAUCUCAUUUGUUGAUUAUUACAAAACAAAUUACAAUGUGACUAUAACAGAUGUAGAACAACCAUUGUUAUUACAUAGACCUAGAGCUAAACGUAUGCCAGGGGAAUCAGAAGCUAAACAAGAGUUCAUAUGUUUAGUACCAGAGUUAUGUUAUAUGACAGGUUUAUCAGAUGCCAUGAGAUCAGACUUUAGACUGAUGAAGGAUAUUGCCUCACACACAAGAGUGACCCCAGCCCAAAGACAAAUGGCUAUGAAGAAGUUUUUAGAUGCUGUUAGAAAUAAUAAAGAAGCUAAUUCACAGUUUGUUAACUGGGGUCUAGAAUUAGACUGUAAUACAAUAGAUAUGCAAGGAAGAUUGUUACCAGUAGAAAAUAUUCAUUUUGAUAGAUAUGUAGCUAGAGAUGUACAGAAUGCUGAUUGGGGAAGGGAAUCCUCUAAUAAUAGAUGUCUAGUGUCUGUAGAACUAAAAGAUUGGGUUGUAUUAGCUACUGCUAGAGAUAUAUCUAAAGCUUCAGGUUUUAUUGAAAUGAUGAGUAAAGUUUGUCCUAAGAUGGGUAUUAUGAUACAUUCACCUAAAGAACGUAAACUGGUAGAUGACCGAACAGAAACUUUUAUUAGAACUUUGAGAGAGGUCAUUACACCAACGACACAAAUGGUAGUAAUAAUAUGUCCUACUAGUAGAGAUGAUAGAUAUUCAGCUAUCAAGAAAUUAUGUUGCUGUGAACAACCAGUAGCAUCUCAGGUUAUCAAUGCUAAAACUAUUUCCCAACCACAGAAGAUGCGUAGUGUAACAACUAAAAUAGCUCUUCAGAUUAACUGUAAAUUAGGUGGUGAACUGUGGGCUGUUGAAAUACCAAUGAAAAAUGUAAUGAUUAUUGGUAUUGAUGUGUACCAUGAUGUAGCUAAAGGUAAAAGAUCUAUUGCUGGAUUUGUAGCUAGUAUGAACAAAGCUUGUACCAGAUAUUACAGUCGGUGUUAUUUUCAAGGACAGAACCAGGAGAUUAUUGAUGGAUUAAAGAUAUGUUUGAUCAGUGCCUUACGUAAAUAUCAUGAGGUCAAUCAUUGUUUACCUGAUAAGAUUGUGAUAUAUAGAGAUGGUGUUGGUGAUGGACAGUUACGAGCUGUAGCAGACUAUGAAGUCAAACAAUUACAUACAUGUUUUGCUCAUUUUCCCAAUUACAAUCCAAACAUGGCAUUAGUUAUAGUACAGAAGAGAAUUAACACUAGACUAUUUUUAAAGGGCCGUAAUGAAAUGGAGAAUCCCCCACCAGGCUCUGUAAUGGAUCAUUCUAUAACUAGAAGAGAUUGGUAUGAUUUCUUCUUAGUAAGUCAACAUGUAAGACAAGGAACAGUGUCUCCUACACAUUAUAUAGUGGUACAUGAUGGUACCGGUUUAACUGUUGAUAGAAUGCAGAGAUUAACCUAUAAGAUGACACAUCUGUAUUAUAAUUGGCCAGGAACUGUUCGAGUACCAGCUCCAUGUCAGUAUGCUCAUAAAUUGGCAUAUUUAGUUGGACAGAGUAUCCAUAAAGAUUUCUCAGAAGCUCUAUCAGAUAGACUCUUCUUCUUAUAA